UCGGUGCCCCGCUCCCCCAGGGGAAGCGGUCGCGGCUGCGGGGGAGCGGCCCGCGGGUGGCCGCUCCCCUCCAUGUCGGCCGGGCCUGGCCUGGGGAACCGGGGGAUGGAGCGGUUGCCGGCAGCUUCGGUGGGACUGUUCGGAGCCCGCGGCCCUGCCGGGACGUGCCGGCUGAUGUCGGGCUUGGCUCGGCCGGCGACCGUGGGCUCGGGCGGAGAAGUAUCAGCCCCUCGCCCCCUCCCCUGGCCCGCGCGUAGGGCGCCGCGGGUCGCCGGGCCCGGGGUGCUCUUGGCCCGGCUGGCAUGCGGCCGCAGGGGCGCUCCGGCAGCCCGGGUAGAGUGGCAGGGGGCGGCUGCCCCGCUCCGUCCCCGGGGCUCGCAGCCGGGGCAGGAGAGCCGGUCAGGCCCUGCCGCUGCCCCCGGACUCCGCUUCCCGCCGAAGCUGCCCCUCGGGCCCUGGCCGGGCCUCCUUGCGGCGGGCGGUGCCUGCGGAUCCCGCCGGAGCUCGGGCACCUUCCUGCGGAGCAGCGGGACCGCGGCCUUGCCGCAGUUGCAUCCAUGGAGAUGCCGUUGGCUUGCGGUUUUCUUCAUCCCCAGCUCAAAGCACGCAACACGAAGUGGCAAUGCGUGGUGUUAGCUUGAAAAUGCCCCUUUUGUUUGCAGUAUUUGAGCGAGCAGCACCGCUUCUGAUCGUCUCUGCGUUUCACUUAAUUUUGCGCAGACAGAGCUGAGUAAACCAGGUCUGUCUGUUGAAAAGCUGUUUAAACCUCUUGUUUAAACUUCUCCAAGAGACUCUUUCUGGUAAAUGCUUUUCCUUGGGUGACAGACGUUCUGCUGCUGUGAUUCAGUACAAACUCUUGCCCCGUUGCCGUUUGCUCGUAGCUGCUCGUGCACACCCACCCCUGCAGACCUGGCGAUCCCCUCUGCUUCCAGCCCUCCUGCAGCUCUGCUGGUGGAACUGCGCGAGGGCUGUGCUGUCUGAAGAGUAACCUGCCAAAAGGCGUCGCUUUUUUUCUUUCUCUCCAAGCUAGAGCUCUUUGCUGCCCUGGUUGAUGCUAUGGUCUCAGAAACUUGUGAUGGCCCAGGGCCUGGCAUGAGUGACCAGCUGGGAAACUGGGGAUGGUGACUUUUGGUACAACCAGACAUUUUAGUGAAGGAGCCGUAAGAAAGAGAAGCCUGGAAAGACUAAAGCUUCAAGAACAGGAGCACGUUUGAAAAAGGGGGAAAAAAAGAGAGAGGGUUGAAAGAAAAAGACGUGGUGAUCAAAGAAGUUCAAGAGAGAAAAAAAGAAAACUAAGCUCGAGAGGAGAGAAGAGAGGCAGAUAGAUGGAGAUGAGAAACAUCCCCCAAAGCAGCAGAAGGUACCAGCUGAAGAACAGCAGUGGCCAGAGAAUAUGCCUGAAUGGGAAGAAAGGAAAUCCCUGCUAGCUCAGAGAAGAGUGGAGUCUGUCAGACUGCUUACAGUGCUGUUAAACCGUGUGAAAGAUUUUGUGCAGUUGGCAAGUCAAAAAGUGGAUCUUUCCUUGGGCAUAAGGGAGGACAAUUCCUUUUCUGAAGCAACGUUGAAAGACAUACAUCAGGAACCAAUUAACUCCCAUUACCAUACACGCAAAGAGCUGCAACAUAAAGAAGAGCUUAAGUGUCUGUUAACCCAAGAAGGUAGCAGCUUAUUUAGCGAGGAAGGAGAUGCGGGUAACUUCUGUGCAUCUGCUCGUCAUAUAGUCAGGACGAUUUUGAAUGUCCCCUCUGCAGCCCCAGGUGCGGCCAGACUGCCUGGCAGAGGUGCAUGCAGCUCCUGUGGAUCUUUACUCAUUACAGUUACUCAGGACUGCAGGGUCAUCGAAUCUCGUGAGGAAAGGGACUACCCAAGGUUGAAUGUAGUUUACACGCAGGCAGUGUCCGAUGGAGACAGUUGCCAAAAGCAAAAGGUUUAUGAGACUGAUGAAUUCAUCCAUUAUUUACUAAACUACUAUCAGACGCCACGCUAUGCACGUGUUUGCUUCGAGCCAAAAACCACUGUGAACAAGUGCUGGUGGAAGAGAGUGGUGUCUGAUGGUGAUAACGAUUUUGACAUCGACUUGAGUAACAAACAUGGUCAGCACUUCAGAGAAGUGAGUCCUGUGCAGAACCUCAAGAGAAAUUGCAGUAGCAAUGAUAAUGAUAAACUGGUCACUGUUGGAGAACCUGAGUCAAUAGACAUGGUGUUAGGAAACAAGACCUACGUGGGUACGUUUGCAAAAGUGUUUGGAGUGCAGAGGAAUGACUCACUCACUGUUGAUAACUUGCCACGCACUAGACUGAAUCAUUCUUUGGAUUGCGCUGCUGUUACCCGUGAUAAGGAGUUCAAACAAGAAGAUGGUAUCAAUGGGGACACUGUACCAUACAAGACAUGUAGACCUGCUUUCAGAUUAAAGGGUUUGUUGGAAGAGACUGGUGAUUCUGAGUACUUCAGAGAGCCACCUAGAGGCUCAAUGAAGAGGACAGAAAGAAGGUGUGAAGAAGUUUACAGCAAUAGUAAUAAAGGCUGUUUGCCUGCAAGAGCAGGAGAAAGAAAAUUAAUGGUUUACCUUAAAAAUGUAACUCUGGAAGGUCAAGAGGAGGAAAGCAGCAAAUGUAGCCUCUGUUCUAAUUCUCUUCAUGAGGGCUUGGCAAGGCAAUGUGAACAUAAGCUUAAAAAGUUGCAUAAGAGGUCUAGUAGUAGAUUAAGGCAUGAAGGACAGAAAAGUGAGAGACAACCCGGGGAAGCAGAGAGAAAUGCUCACAAAAUGAAGAAAAAGCGAAAAAAGCUUUCUUCUGAUCUUUCAUCUGACGAAUGUGGCUUUUCAGAGGUGGACAGUUGCAUGCAGCUGGAGUCUCUCAGAAAGAUACAAAGAAAAUGUAAGAAAAUACUCCACAACAAAGUGAAGUUCAAGUCACUUCACACCACCAUGGCAGCACCAGAUGUUACCCCUCAUGACGGCUCCCCGCUUCAGGAGACCCUCCAGAGGACAGGAGGUGAGAGGAAGUUGAUGCUGAGAAGAGAGAUGGAUGCUGAUGGCAGAGGACGCCCUCUGUUUCCUCUUGAGGUAAUUCAGACAAACCCCUGCUCAGAUACGUUCUGUGGAGCAGAGCCCAGAAGAGGAUGCUGAACAGUCACUGUAUAAUACCUCUACAGUUUUUCUAUACAAGUGGGAGAAGAAAGUCCUUUGACUAUUAAAGGUGUUUUUUUGCUUAGCUAAUUCCUUUGGUUAGAUUAUCAAACUGAUGUAGUGAGCCACAAAACCAGAAUCUGUGUUUGCCUUUUGGAUAACAGAGGACCAAAACUUCCCCAGCGCCAGACAGACCUGUGUGGACCAGUUGCCAAGAAUUUGAAAGGUUACAGAUUGAGAUGUCAGUGUGUUAUAUUCUGAUUAAAUGUAGGGAAUAAUGUAAAUAUCCAAGUUACGGUAUUUAGUAAUAACAAGUUAUUAGAAAAGAAAAACAUAGCUAUGUAAAUCCUAGAGCAAACAUAUCAAGUGCAUCCUCAAUCAGGUGGUUAAAAUGAUGGGACUGGAAGGUGUGGGGGACUUUUACACUCAAUUGUGGGAAGUAAUAGAUGCCCAAAUGGGAAAAAGAAAUUCCCAUCCUCUGUAAAACCCACAGUGAAAAAAAUGCUUGUUUUCUGUUUACAGUUCUAGAGGUGUUUGUGAAAACUUGCUGGUCUUUAGGAGGGCGGAUUUCACUGAACGCGUAGAUGUAGUGCUUCCAGGAAUCUGAAUGAUUGUCUAAGCAAAACUCUGAACGUUAGAUAGUGAAAGGGUCAUGCUUGUCAGCUUAAUGACAGUCCCCAGAGAUAUGCAGGUUGGACAUUUGUUCACAAGAUUUCAAAAUGUGCCCUUUUGAAGGCACAUGCAACGAGAUUGCUGUUUAGUGUGAGUUUGCUUACAAAUAAGUUCCAGAAGAAUUGUCAAAUGCUGCCAGAUUUGUGCUGCAUUUAGGCAAAAGUGUGAAAACGCAGUCUAGGAGCUUGGGUUGUAUCCAUAUUUGUUCAGCUGGCUAUAUUCAGAAGACAGCCACAAUUGCUUUUGGACAAAGUCUGUUAGCAAGAUACAGAGGACCAGUUCUAAGUUCAAUACACUGUUUACUUCAGUUUUCAUUUUAAUAUGCUUUAUUUAUUAUGUGUCAAUAUACUAAGUUAACGUGAUGAUGUUGCCUUCAUUACAUAGAAUAUUACCCAUGUUUAUAACUUCUGCUCUAAUAAAUAGUAACUAAAAAUUGUAAUUGUUCAUGGGUUUCCCCGAGUGUUCAAUACUGAUGAUUCCUACAGGCUUCUAAGCCAAUUUUUAUCCUUCUUCUCUGUUCACACGCUCAGAUAUUGAGUGCCUUUUCAGGGUCAGGGAUGACAAAUGGUUGCUACUCAGAAUGCUAUUAACCUGUUACUUUUAUCUAAAAAGAUCUUAUUUUCUUGGCAUGAAUAUUUUCCGUCUAUUUUGGAGAACAUUUAUACCCCUCUGAACUCUCCAUUUUAGUAUUUUAUACAGUUAUAAUGAAGAUCAACUGCUGUAUUUGUUGGCCAUGUGAAAUAUUUCUUUUGUGCUGGUAUGACAUACCAAGGGUGUGUUUUCUCUAUGCAAUAUUUGUGGAUUAAAGGUGACAAAACUUCCUCCUCUGUCAAUCUAUAGGCAGUUCUGUGUGUAUAAGUCCCCUUUUCCCAUGAGACAGGCCUUUUGAUUACAGGUGAGAUAGCAUUUCUUUUUGUUAAUCCAGGGGAGCAGGAGCUGAAGAUUUCCUCUAGUGUAAAUUUCCAGUGUUUUAUCAACAUGUCACAAUAUUCAAUAACAAAUAAAUACAGCGGUUCUGUA